GAUGUUUCCCCCGUCAGCGCAAAUUACUUAGUUGUUGUUAUUUCAGUGAAUGUUUUUAUCUGUACUACAUAGUACACAUAAUUACCUUAAUAUUUGGGUUAAUUUAUAAUAUCCCUUCAAGGUAAACUUAUGCACGUAGUGAACAUACGUUUGUUCGUACGUAAUAUGUGUUAGUUAACUUGGUAGACCUUUAUUAAGAGAUAUGUGCUUACACCGAUUUCCAGAGUGAUGCUCAAGUUAUCUACAAAUGAGAUUACAACCAGCUGUUUUGCUUAUUGUCUUUUGGUAUGCCUUGCGUGCUUUAGAAAAUUCUAUGAAAAUGAUUUCUGUCGAUUCAAAAUCAUAUAACCUUUAUAAGUGGGAAUACAUCGGUUUUCAAGAAUCUAUUAUAUCACACCUUUCAUUUGUGGAGAAAACUACCAACUUUCUUCGGCAAUUAGCUGAACACUACACUAUUCCUCGAAAAUGCAUACUAGAUAAUGAGUUUAUGCGUUACUGGAAUGUAUCUAACCUGCCAUGGACAUACGAUAAGUAUCUUACUACGUCAAUUAACAGUAUCCUACUUCGCUGGCAUGAAGUCGCUGAUGAGUGCUAUUUGGCUGCGAAAGAUAAAACAAUUAUACCCUUAUGUACAAUCCAGUUCAACCGUGAAUUUUUAUGCGGUGACGAAAGCAUAAAAAAUUUUUCCCACAAUUUAAUAGGAAAAGCAAAACUAUUUCCUUUGACAGGAAAUGUGUCUGUCGACACUAUGCUCAUUGAGAUUAUUAUACUGUCAAACUGUGGAAAUCAUGAUAUAGCGAUACAAAAGUCACACAGCAUUAUAAAGUAUUUUCCUUCCUUACCGGCUUAUAGAUUGUUGUAUGCAGAGGUUUUGUCAAGAAAUUCAAGUCCAAAUUCGUUAUCACAGGCUCUGAAAGAAAUAACCUUUGCUGUACAAAUUGAGGGUUCAUCUACCCUAUAUAGAGAGAAAAAGUUGUCACUUUUGCUGCGUUUAGGAUAUUUAAAAGAAGCACGAGAGGAAGCUGGAAAAAUAGAAGAAAUUUUAGACAGAAGCAGUUUAAGAUCUUGUCAUCUUCAACGACACAAUUGUUCUAACGGUUUUAAAUAUUCUUCACAAUCUUUAGUUGCUUGGAGACCGUGGUUCUUUUUAGGUCUGUUUCAUCUUACCAGUGGAAGCCUAUCUGUAGCUGCUGAAGAUUUUACCAUUGCAUUUAAUUUAGCCUCAAUAACCUUGUCAACUGAAAAACAAUUAUCAGAAUCAAUUAUGGGAUUGCUUAUGUAUAUGAAAGCACUAUCACAACACUAUACUUCUAAACUACAAGAUGCUAUGGAAUAUUCGGUCAGUGGUACGCGAAAUUACCCGUUUAUCAUGGAUACUACAUUACUAUUAGCUCAAGGUGCUGCACGUACUUCUUUGUAUUAUAAUGCACUGAGUAUACUCAGCAUAUCAUUACGGCUUGUGAAUAUUGUUGAUGAUGGUAAUAAUAAACCAUCUAGUGUUGAAUAUAUCGAAACAUUUGCUGAUUCAAAAUUAGUUAAACACCAAGUUCUACAAUUACGUGCAUUGGUCAAUUAUAGAUUGGGUGAUAUAAUUCAGGCAAAUACUGACGCUAAGUUUUGUUUGGAAUUGUCACCAUUAGAUGGCCUUUGUGCUUACAUAAAAACAUUGUGUGCCUUAUGUACUGGAUCACUGAUCAGCGCAAUGAAAUCUUCUACUCCUGUUCUUUCCUACAAUUUCAAACAGGAUUUACAAAACUCCUCUGAGAUUUUCCAUCUGAAGUAUCUAAGAGAAUGGAUCCGAUAUACGCACAAUCAUUUAUAUCAAUCGUUAAAUGAAUUCCAUUGGUUAAUUGAUCUUCCAGAAGUGUUUGUUCAUGGAUGGGUUAAAGGUGUGCCAACAGAGACAGUUGAAUCUCAAAUUACCCAACCGGGUAUCAUAUCAACUACUUCUAACCUUGUCAUGUCACCAGAUCUUAUGAAAAUGAUAUUAAAUGAUAAUUCAAGUCAAUUUUCAAAUCAAUCAACUAAUGGUAUAGAAUGCAAUCAGAAAUCAUUUAUAUUAACUAGUCAACCUGUUUAUUGUCAAAAGAUUUAUUUAAUUCAAUUAAAAAAUUAUCUGUGUAAUUUAUCAAAUCAAAUUGGUGUAUUAAUUUCAUAUGGGGAUUUAAGAAGUAAUCAGGCUGUUAACUCAAUUGUUACCAAUCCUCGUCAUCAAUUAGCACUAGCUAUCGGAACUAUAUAUAGUGCGGAAUUAAUUCGUAAUUCAUGGUGUUGUCAACGUCGUGUAUCUUUCAAUACAUGUUGGGCAUAUCCACAAGAUUUUCAAUAUUACCAACAAAAAUCAUUUACAAAAUUUCCAUUCUUUAGUAAAAAUUAUGUGGAUCAACUGGUGAAUAAUUGUAAUUCAUUAUUCUCAUCAUCCAAUAAUUACAAUAAAAAUACAACUUUCCAACCAAUAAAUUAUUUAUUAUUUAAACGUUUGUGUAAAUUAAUAAACCAACAAAAUAUUGAAAAGUCUUAUUCUCCCGAUUGGUUUGUACAUGCAAGUAUUACAGCUAGACUUCUACAAUUAACUGAUCCUUAUGAAAAGUUAGUAUUUUGGAAAACAUAUGAAUCUGAUAAAUAUAAUAUUCAUGCAAAUAAUCAUAGACAACAUUCAUUGAAUUCUCGUAACGAUGAAGAUGAUGAAGACCCAGAUGGACCAAUGUCUUCACAUUCCUAUCAUUCUUCUUCAUACUAUGUAAAUAAAGAAAAAAAUCAUUUUGGACAACAAAACAACAUUUGGGAAAACGGUGUAGUAUGGGAUGAAAAAUUUUUCAUAAAAAAUGGACAAAUUUAUAAUGAAUAUAUCAAGUACUUGCAACAGUCUAUCAACAUGAUCUUACUGUUGAUCAAAGAACAACUUCAACAUCAUUCCAAACACUUGAAUGUGGAUGAGAAUAAUUUUGAGGUUAAUUACCUGCUUAUGGCAUACGAAUUUGAUCAAUGUUAUUCUGAUUAUGACAAUCAUUUACUCAAUCAAACUGUGCAACAUUGUUUGAAACCUACAUUCGAUAAAUUAUGGCACUACGCACAGUUAGCACACUUAACUGAUGAUAAACUCCAAGUUUUUAUGAACAUUUAUGUUCCAGGAACUAUGAAUCCGAAGGAUGAUGGGAUACUAUUAAUGCCAUUAUCACCCCAGUCUAGGCCUAUUAAACGCCAUUUAGGUGUUGUCUUGAAGUUUGUAAAGCACCUUACAGAUGAAAAUUAUUCGUUAUCGCUUCUGUAUAUUUCUAGUCCACAACAUCAUAAUGAAUUAAUCAGUGAACUGGAUUCAGCUUUUAAAAACUAUCUAUUGCAUGGUGAAAAAGCUUUAACUGAUAUUUUAGCUAGCUCUAGUGUCAAAGGAAAGGUAUUUGGUUCAUCGUCAUUUAGUCAUAAAGAACAUUUACAAAAUGCAAUACAAAGCACAUUUGACUGGCUGUAUUAUUGGAGUAUAUUAAAACCUAUUUCAUCCGAAUAUAGUUUUGUAAUUGGUUAUAGUAUGACGUUGGGUAUGUUGCGCGCCCUCGGUCUAGAACCAGUUGCUGCUUUACCAAAACAUGGAGUCAAUUUGGAACUGGAGUCAAUAUUUAUUGGUUCACCUACACAAUUUGGUAAUCUAUGUCGGGAAGUCCUAGGCCUAGUGGAGUUACCAAAAUCAAGUAUUUCGUUAUCUUGGAAAGUUUCUCCGGAAGAAAUUAUCCAGAGUCCCAAACAUGUUUUAGAAUUUAUGAAUUUACAGUUAGUAUCUCAUUGUGUUAAAUAAAAAAAGUUGAUGCAAAAUAUUGAUUACUUUCCUUUUUUUAACGGCUCGUAUUUUUGUAUUCUUUAUCACAAAGUGCAAAAAUAACUACCAGUUCCUACAUUGUGGACUUUCGGUAGUUCAUAUAUCCAAAAGUGACUUUAAGAAAAAUUAAGAGAAAUCUAAAUGGAAUCAUUCAAGUAAUGAUUAAACAUCUGUACUUUACACAUGAAGGCAGGGGAGAUAGUCCUGCGAGUGACUACCGUAACAUAAUGAUGCAUUUGAUAUAAUAACAACAUCUCAAAACCUCAUAAAAAGGUGUAUUAGUUUAAUAUUACACCACUGGGUUCCCCAAAAAACAGUGAAGAAUACUGUGUAGUAAAUGAAAUGUUACUUGGUAUUGGGGUUGUAGGGCCGGUAAAAUGUCACUGAGUCCUAACCGAAUCAUCCGGCAGUUGGGUCACUGAAUAUCGAACAGGUCGUCGACCCCUGUCAAGGUCAAGGACAACCAACGCGCAUCAGUUAAUCGUACGCCAUGGACUGACCCAUGUGGUGGUGAUCAUUAUUUCUAUUGUGCCCACUUUAGCUAAUAUAUCUAUGUAAUAACGUCCCUUGUGUUGUACGGUCUUCAAAGCAUCCAUAGUACCUUGAUACGACAAAGAGGUAACUCAUGUUAGGUGCCGACUGCGAGGUGUGACCUCGACGUUAGCUGUUGAUCACACCAUUUCAAUGUAACUCGAGUAGGCCCCCAGUCAUUCGGCAGAGAUCGUCGAGGUUAAUGAUCCACAUGAUGUUCAGCAUCAGAUGAAAGACGGACGAAUUUGUACCACUGUAAUCGCUCUGAAUUCCUUCCUUAGCUUUCUAAUCAAUGUGUGUGUUAAUCCGAAUCGGUAAACCAAACAAUAGUAUUUAAGAUAAGCGUUCAUUAAUCAAACUUAUUUUGUUCUCAUACCAGUCCUUUGUCUAACGACUAACCAGAAAACAGUACCCCCUUUACAAACGUAACCAACUAUCUCACUGAAUCACAUUUUUAUGUUCCUACGACUUAUUAGUAUAUAUAUGCUUAUCGUCCCUUUUUAUCUCAUUGAAUGCACUAUCCCACGUUUUUCUACUAGUCCUAUAAGUUUAUAUUUUCGAAAAAGAUUGCAGUUAUUGGUUAUUCAUAGUUUAGCUGUUCUAA